AUUUCUUUAUAAGCUCUGAAUUUGUGAUUGGACUGUGAGUUUGAAACCUUGAGAAGAAGUGUUUGAUUCAGAUGGUUUAAAAUGGGUUAUACAUGUAAUGUGUGUAAGAAAUCAUUUUCUAGAUGCGCAUUUUUAGUUCAUAACUCUGACAGCAAAUGCAAUCCUGCCCCUAAGGAAGUUUUGCCAGUUAGGCCUAGGCCUAGUACAUCAACAUCGUUUGAGCAAGUAGAACAGUCUCUGCCAUCUACUUCUAGUAAUGCAGAUCCAAGCGCUCCUACAGUUCUUCAAAACGGAUCACUUUUUAUGGUCGUCCACUUGAACAAUGAGGAAACACGUAGUAGGCCUUAUGCUAAUUUAACAGAAGUUGAUAUCAGACAUGAAGAGUCUACGACAACUACAGAUAAUAAAAAGAGCUAUGAAUCAAAUGAAGACAAUGCCAGUGAUUUUAUUGAAGAUUUGUUUGAUUUAUUGCCUGAAGCGGCAGAAGAACAACAGCUACAGAAUGUCGACGUGCUGUUUGACAUAGCUCCAGAUUUGGUAGAAAAUGUUGCCAUUGUAGUUGAACAAGUCAACCCAAUAGAAGUAGCGCCAACAGAGGAACACCAGCAGAUGGAGACAGCAGAGUCGAACUUAGAACAUAAUAAUACAGCUGCUUUGCUCGAGGAAACAGAUGAAGCUCCUAAAGGGUUCACCAAAAAUGGGAACCCGAGGAAAAGAGCUGCGCCGAGGUGUAAAGAAGACAUUAAAUCAAAACGUGAAAAAAAUAAAGAUAAACAUGCACUUCAGCCCCCAUGUAAUAAUACAUGUAAAAGAAAAUGCACGACCAAACUUACAGAACACAGAAGAAUGAAAAUCCACGAACACUUUUGGGCUAUGGAGGAAAAUGAGAGAAAAGUUUUUAUUUUAGGGCACAUUGAUAAAAGCAAAGUUAAAAGGAAAACACACCCAGAGAAGAAUCAAGGAGGGGAAAACCAUUCUUUUACUUCCUUACAGACAGUGACGGAGCAAGAAAGAUG